AUGUUAACUAAACUUGUAAAAGAACAUCAGAAUAAUGUUAGUAAGAUAAAAGAUGAAAAUGAGGUGUUAAAGAAAGAGGCAAUGAUGUCAGUAGCACCGGUUACAAAUGGCUUAAUGGAUAGUGUUAAUCAAGGAGUUGCAUGUGUAUUCGCUAAUCAAAAGAGGUUAGAACAAGAAGCAAGAGUUUUACAACAAUCGACAACUAAAUUCUCAAAGCAAACCAAUCAGUGGUUGACUCUAAUAGAUAACUUUAACAAUGCACUAAAAGAGAUCGGUGAUGUAGAGAAUUGGUCACGUUCAAUCGAGAACGAUAUGCAAAACAUUUCAAAUAUAUUAGAUUAUCUCUAUGAGAAUACACAACCACCUGCACUCGUUAAACAACAGCAGCAGCAACAACAACAAGCACAAACACCUACUAAAUAA